UUUGCGUAGUAGAAGAACGUCAACUCCAGACGCAAUCUCACAUUAUUACAUGAGAACAAUCUUUCUUACAUGGUGGGAUUCCUUCUUUCUUUCUCGAUCUCAAAACCCUAAUCAGUCUCCCCUCUCAAAUUGCUGCUGGCUAUGGAGAGAUCUACUACUCAACACUUGAACAACAUCAUUGGAGGAGGUGAUAAAAUCUUUGAUGCAUCACAGUAUGCUUUUUUCGGUCAAGAUAAUUCAGAAAAGGCUGACUUUGGGUGUUUAGAAGUUGAAGAAGAAGAUGAUAAUCCUUUAAGUGGAAUUGGUGAUGAUGAAUACCGUUUGUUUGAUAGAGAAGAGGAAUCAGGGGUUGGGUCUCUAUCAGAUUUAGAUGAUCUGUCAACUACAUUUUCAAAGUUAAACAGAUCAGUUACCGGCCCUAGGCAUCCUGGAGUUAUUGGUGACCGAGGAUCAGGAUCAGGAUCUAUUUCAAGGGAAAGUUCAUCUGCCUCAGAAUGGUUGGAUCAGCCUAUCUCCGACACCGAAAGCUACCAGGGAACAAGGAGAUGGUCGUCACAGCCUCAUCUCUACUCGGAUUCAAAGCCGUUAUACAGGGCGUCAUCAUACCCUCAAGAACAACAUCAGUUCUUCAGUGAACCCGUUUUGGUACCCGAUUCAUCGUUCCCUUCGUUUCCACAAACUAAUCUCUCCUCUCCACGUCACCAUUCGCAUCUUUCGAAUCUUUCUUCCGCUAUCACUAAUUCCCAGUUGCCGUUUUCCGAUCCAAAUCUUUCACCUUUAUCAAACACCAAUAAUCUGCAUUUAGGUCCCGUCCUUCAUGGAUCAUCUCGUUAUAGCGGAAGUAGGUCCCACCUAAUGCCACCUGGCCUUUCUCGGUAUUCUCAGGCACAGAGCAACUGGACCAACCAUAUGCUACAUGUCGAUCAUGCUGGCCUAUUAAGCAACACUUUUCAGCAGAAGCUGCUUCAUAAUGGGUCUCUUUCGCCACAUUUUAUGUCCCCAAUCCAGCACUCGAUUAGCCCUUUUGCACCACUACAGCUGUGUCCACUCCCUUCUCGGGCACUACAUUUAGGUAAAUAUGGAUUCGUUGACGUAAGAGAUCAAAAACCGAAAACGACACAGAAGGGUAGUAGACACAGUGGACGUCUUUCUCGCCAGGGCUCGGAUGGUAGUGGUCAGAAAAGUGAUAAGUUUCGGGUUCAAUUCAAAUCGAAAUAUAUGACUUCUGAAGAGAUUGAAUCCAUUCUCAGGAUGCAGCAUGCUGCAACUCAUAGUAACGAUCCCUAUAUCGAUGAUUAUUAUCAUCAAGCCCGUCUUGCAAAGAGUUCUGAUUCAAAGACAGUAAUCCGUUUCUGUCCGGCCCAUCUUAAAGAUUCUCCUUUUCGGUCGCGAAAUAGUACAGAAUCGCAACAUCAUGUCAAUAUCGAUGCUAAUGGAAGGAUUUCGUUCUCUUUCAUCCGUAGGCCACAGCCUCUCCUUGAAGUUGAUCCUCCAGCUGAUUCUGUUGAUGGUAAUUCUGAACGGAAAGCAUCAGAGAAGCCUUUAGAACAAGAACCGAUGCUUGCAGCUAGAAUUACGAUCGAAGAUGGCCUUUGUCUUCUUCUCGAUGUGGAUGAUAUUGAUCGUCUCCUGCAGUUUACUCAGCCUCAAGAUGGCGGGUCUCAGAUGAGGCAAAGGCGUCAGAUUCUCUUAGAAGGCUUGGCAGCAUCGCUUCAGCUCGUUGACCCACUCGGGAAAAGCUCAAACAGCUCUGUCGGGUUGACACCUAAGGACGAUAUUGUCUUUUUACGGUUAGUAUCUCUUCCAAAGGGUCGGAAACUCAUAUCAAGAUUCCUUGAACUUCUGUCACCAAGCAGCGAACUUGCACGAAUCGUAUGCAUGGCCAUAUUCCGUCACUUACGGUUUCUAUUCGGCGGCCUUCCAACCGACCACGGGGCUAUGAUGACCACCACUGCUCUAGUGAAAACGGUCUCCAGUUGCAUCUGUGCAAUGGAUCUCAAUUCUCUGAGCGCUUGUCUUGCGGCCGUGGUGUGUUCUUCGGAACAGCCGCCACUUCGACCACUUCGGAGCCCGGCUGGCGAUGGAGCUUCAGUUAUUCUGAAAUCGGUUUUGGAUCGAGCCACCCAAUUGUUAAGUAACAGUCAAGUUUCAAGCGGAAUGCAAAAUCCGACACUAUGGCAAGCUUCAUUUGACGCGUUUUUUGGCCUGCUGACCAAAUACUGCUCAAGCAAGUACGACAGUUUAGUGCAGGCGCUGUAUACGGAGAUCGCGGGAAGCACGGAGGUUAUGGUUUCGGAGCAGGCGAGAGCAAUCAGUAGGGAAAUGCCGGUGGAGCUUUUGCGUGCCAGUCUUCCACAUACCGAUAGUAACCAGAGGAAGAUGCUGGUGGAUUUCUCGCAGCGCACGAUGCAGGGUGGUGGGUUAAGCGGUGGUCGUAAAGGGAGCGGCGGUGCAACGGCGGCAGAGUCGGUAAGAGUGUGAGUCAGAUGGUACAAAAAGGUGGUGUAGAAUGAGUUUAUGAAUGCUGUGUGUGUGUGUGUGUUGUUUUGGUUACUUAUGGUGGUGGGUGGUGGAGGAUGGUGGUGGUUUGUAGGGUAGUGGGUAAUGUAAGCAACUCUUGGAACCAGUAUGUAUAGAGAAGUAGACUCACUGACAGCUGGGAGUUGAAAGGGCUGGGGAGGCAAGUUUUUUGGCGCUCCCGGUUUCGAAUCUCAUAUCGUUGUAACGUUCGUAACUACUUUUCGAUGUUCUACUCUGCAUUUUCUUUCGGUU